AUGUUUGGUGUAUGCACACAUGUAGUGCACGUCCCAUUUCAGCGAUACAGGGACUACCUCCUGCGUCAUGGAGGCGAGCGAAGACCGGCUUCCAUGAUGAAACGUCUGCUAGGCGACUCGACAGAAGCAGACGAUGGCCCCAGUCUCAGUCCCGAAGCUUUAGCUACCGGACUGUUUGAGGACGUGGCAGCAUGUGAGGACACAGCGAAACGCAUUUUCCAGAUGGACAAUCAUCCUAGUCUCAAGCGAAAACUCUAA